AUGGACAAUACCAACAGAUUAGAAGCCGAAAAUCAUCUAAACGUCAUAACACAAAAUAAUCAUAUAGCAAUAACAAACAUAAAUAAACAAGAUCCUCAGAAUCUUAAUAAAAAUAUUAAGGAAAGGUAUUAUGAAAUUCCUUCAUUUGAAGAUAUUAAAUUGAAAUUUUGUAAUAAAAAAUUAUUUUCGGUCUUUGAUUGCAGAGAAGGUUUCUACCAAAUUGAAUUAAAUGAAUAUUCUAAGUCAUUAUGUACUUUUAGUACUCCAUUUGGGCUUUAUAGGUUUACUAGACUGCCUUUUGAAUUAAAAAUUGCACCUGAGGCAUUCCAAAAAUUGAAUGAACAGAAUUUUGGCGACAUUCAAAAUAUAAUCGUUUAUAUUGAUGACCUUUGUAUAGCUGCAAGUAAUGAAAGGGAACAUGAUGAAACUGUUAAAUUAGUAAUGGACAGAGCUAGAGGACUUAAUGACUUACAGGAAUUAAUGGGGUUUAUUAAUUAUAUGAGUAGUUUUAUAUCUAACUUGGCUGAAGUAUCAGCACCCCUUAGAGCUCUUUUAAAGAAUGGUGUUUUAUUUAGAUGGGAUAAAACUGAAAUUGAAUGUUUAAAUAGAAUAAAUUUAUUAAUUAAAGAUUCGCUUACUUUGAAACAUUUUGAUUUUACUGAACCUAUUUCCAUUCAGACUGAUGCAUCGAGGAGUGGACUGGGUGCAUGUCUAAUGCAAAAAGGAAGACCAGUUUGUUUUGCAUCCAGAAGCAUGACUGAAACUGAAAUUAAUUAUCCCCAAAUCGAUAUGGAAUUUCUGGAAUUAUGGCGAAAAAAUAUUAUAGCAUACCUUCCCCUAGAUUGCAAAGGCUCAAACUUAACAGGCAAAUAUAUGUUUAUAGCCGAUUUUUUAUCAAGAAAUUUUAAAAUGGAAAAGCAAGAAUGUGAAGAAAUGAAUGGUCUGUCUGAUAUGAUACACACAAUAAAUGAUUUAUUUAAAACAAUUAAUGAUGGUUGGCCUGUAAGAAAAGAAUUAUUAUGUGAAAAGCUGAAACCUUUUUGGAAAAAAAGAAAUGAUCUUUUUGUAGUUGAUGGAUUAAUAUUUUUGAACGACCGUAUUUUUGUACCCAAAUCUUUAAGAGACGACGUAUUAUAUCAAUUACAUUUACCACAUCUGGGUGUUGAAAAAACUAAAAGUAGAGCUAGAUCUAUUGUAUAUUGGCCAACCAUGAAUUUAGAAAUUGAGGAGUUAAUUCAUAAAUGCAACAUUUGUGAAAAAUAUAAAUAUUCGGAACCCAGGGAGCCUUUAAUCAGUCAUGAUAUACCUGAAAUGCCAUUUAGUAAAAUAGGAUUAGAUAUUAUGGAAUUAAAUGCUAAGUCGUUUUUAAUUAUAGGAGACUACUAUUCAAAAUACUUAGAUAUUAUACCAUUGUAUAAUAAAACAGCUAGAACUAUUGUUGAGAAAUUAAAGGAUUUUGCAAAGAAGUAUGAUUUUAAAAUUAUCACGAGCAGUCCAUUGUACCCAAAAUCGAAUGGAUUUGCUGGAAAAAUGGUAGGUAUUUCUAAAAGGUAG